UUGGAUACCAUAACUUGUUAGAGAAACGAGGCUGCAAAUUAAAAUUUUCUGGGUUCUCAGUUUUGGAGGUUUUGGGACAUAAAUUCAGCUUCAGGAGAGGAGAGAAAAUGCCUAAACCAACAAGAAUUGGCCUUGCUGGUCUGGCUGUGAUGGGUCAAAAUCUGGCCCUCAACAUUGCAGAUAAAGGAUUCCCCAUCUCUGUUUAUAACCGCACUACUUCAAAAGUUGACGAGACCGUUGAAAGAGCUAAACAGGAAGGAAACCUCCCUGUUUAUGGUUUUCAUGAUCCUGCCUCCUUCGUGCAGUCAAUCCAAAAACCCCGUGUGAUCAUCAUGCUUGUCAAGGCUGGUGCACCGGUUGAUCAAACUAUAAAAGCCCUUUCUGUCUACAUGGAAAAAGGCGACUGCAUCGUAGAUGGUGGCAACGAGUGGUAUGAGAACACUGAAAGGAGAGAGAAGCAGGUGGCUUCGAUGGGUCUGUUGUAUCUUGGGAUGGGAGUCUCCGGUGGAGAAGAGGGUGCUCGUCGUGGACCCUCGCUCAUGCCUGGUGGUUCUUUUGAAGCAUACAGGUAUAUCGAAGAUAUUCUUCUCAAAGUGGCUGCUCAAGUCCCUGAUAGUGGCCCGUGUGUCACAUACAUAGGAAAAGGAGGCUCAGGAAACUUCGUCAAGAUGGUUCAUAAUGGGAUUGAAUACGGUGAUAUGCAGCUGAUUGCAGAGGCCUACGACGUCCUGAAAUCUGUUGGGAAGCUCUCGAACGAUGAGCUGCACCAAGUGUUUUCAGAGUGGAAUAAGGGUGAGCUUCUUAGCUUCUUGAUUGAGAUCACAGCUGAUAUCUUUGGCAUAAAGGAUGAUAAGGGGAAUGGGUAUCUAGUAGACAAAGUCCUCGACAAAACAGGAAUGAAGGGUACCGGAAAAUGGACAGUUCAGCAAGCUGCUGAGCUCUCCAUUGCAGCUCCAACCAUAGCUUCAUCUUUAGAUUCAAGAUUUCUCAGUGGACUAAAGGAAGAAAGGGUUCAAGCUGCCAUUGCUUUCAAAUCUAUCGGGGUCAGCGACAUCCUCUCUGACCAAGCAGUAGAUAAGCAAAAGCUGAUUGAUGACGUGAGGCAAGCACUAUACGCCUCAAAAAUCUGCAGUUACGCCCAAGGAAUGAAUCUGAUCCGUGCUAAGAGCAUUGAAAAGGGAUGGGGUUUGAAACUUGGCGAACUUGCUAGGAUCUGGAAGGGCGGCUGCAUCAUACGCGCUGUGUUUUUAGACCGUAUCAAGAAGGCUUAUGCUAGAAACCCGGAUCUUGCUAACCUGCUUGUGGACCCAGAGUUUGCAAAGGAGAUAACUGAUAGGCAAUCCGCUUGGAGGAGAGUCGUCACCCUUGCUAUCAACUCUGGUGUCAGCACUCCUGGUAUGUCUUCGAGUCUUGCCUACUUCGACACGUAUAGGAGGGAAAGGCUGCCGGCUAACUUGGUGCAAGCUCAAAGGGACUACUUUGGUGCUCACACAUAUGAGAGGACUGAUAUGCCAGGUUCUUUCCAUACUGAAUGGUUCAAAAUUGCAAGACAGUCCAAAUUGUGAUUUUCUUACAUUAAUAUAUCAAAUUACACUCUGCUAUUAUAGCUCACCCUUAAUAAUGUUUGCCCAUGUCUGGCACUGAUACAAUUGUCAAUUAUCAAAAGAGUAUAAUUAUCAACUCUUAGCACUGCA